AUGGCGCAUCUGGUAAAAAGUAUGACAACACCCACAUCCUCCCCGCCCACCCCAUCCCCCCUGUCAAGAGGGGAGGCGGCCAAAUCAACACAGUAUCUCAUCUGAUAAUUUGGAGUUUUCCGCCGCGUAUUCAGUCUAUACGCAAGCAAUUCAUUCGAACACUGCCUCGCCAGCCCCCUAUUCAAAUAGAUCCGCUGCACUCUUGUCUUUAAAUAAGCUUCCUCUUGCGUUGAACGACGUUAAUCAAGCUAUCAAGCUCGACCCCACUUGGUCGAACGCCUACCGUCGGAAAGUAGGCGUUCUUAAGGCGCAACAAGAGCUGGACAAGGCAAAAGUAGUGUUCGAAGAGUCUCUCAAGGUGGGACUGGUGGAUCUGAAAUCCGGUCCCGCGGAAAAGCAAAAGGAAGAGGCAGAGAUCAAGAAGUCCAUCAAAAGUAUGCGUUACAGGCGACAGAUGAUCAAAAAACACACCUGUUACUUACGUUCGGUAUAGCCAUCGAUAAGAUUGAAGAGCGUCCAAGUUACCAUGAACAUAUCAUGAAGGAUACCGAGGAUGCCGUCGGGCAACGUGCAAUGCGUGAGUUUGAGCGGAGGUAUACCGCGGGGGAGCCGAUGGGUAGUUGGCCACCAAACGGGACCUGUUUGCGUAGAAUAUGGAUCACUUAUGUUUCCCACCACAUGACUAUUGACUAUUUGCUAAAUGUGGUAGUGAAAUGCAAUUUCAAAACGCACUCUCAAGCCUCCUCCAGUACCAGAAAUGACAAGUGCCAGGUGCGCCCCCAUGCGUGCUCGGAAUAUUCGGCCGCGUCCAGACUCUCGAGGAGCUUACAACUGCGCCAUUGGAGGACAGUCGAGCCACUUGCCCAAACGGGGAUGCCACAGAUAAAUUCCAACUUAGUAUCAACUCGAACAGCACCAACGAAACGCGAUCGACCCGGACCUAUCGCCUAAAUACACUAUCAUAACAUACAAUAAGCACCUUAGUCAGCUACUGCAGAGUGGACCAAUGAUCGAUAACUCCCGCGCUAUCUUUCACAUGGGGUCUGCCAGGCCUGUGUCUGAAUGGGGUCUUAUCCGUCCUGUGCUUUAG